UAAAAUGACAGAAAACGUGAGCUGUGAUUCCCAGCACAAAACGCACAGCUUUGCCCCUCCAAAAUCAACAGCUCCACUAACAUAAAAAACGCAGCGUAUUUAUUCCUUCUUCCCAAAACGAAGCGUCUUCCUCCAAGUCCUAAACGACCCCGUUUCGAGAUGCCACUUCUACUGCACUUCAUAUUUCAGUCUCAAAAAAUGCCACUUCAAGUUCAGCCCCGUUAGGUUCCUAAAGCCGGCCCUCACACCUCAUUGCCCUUCUCACCUCUGGCCGCUCUCGUCACGUCGCCGGCCGCCCCCACUCCCACCUCUCUCGGUCUCCUUCUCUCUCAGAGUCUCAAAUCGCACCCACAGUCUCUCACGCCGCCCCCACUCCCAGUCCCACCUUUCAGAGCCUCACGCCGCCCCCACUCCCACCUCUAAGGUGUGCAAGUUAUUUAAUCGGGAAGGAUUCUUGGAAGCAUGGCUCGGUUAAAAAAUAAGAAAAAGGUGAUUGUGAAGCCGGUUGCAAAGAAGAAGCAACCUACUGUGGAUCAUAUCACUGGCAGUAAGAUUCCAAUGAGCUUUGUGUUUUCAAGAGGGAAGUUGCCUGGUCCUCUCAGACAACUUCAAAUGGAUUUGAGAAAGUUGAUGCUUCCAUAUACUGCCCUCAAUCUCAAGGAGAAGAAACGAAAUAAUCUCAAAGACUUUUUGAACGUUGCUGGUCCUAUGGGCGUAACACAUUUCCUCAUAAUCUCAAAAACUGCAACAGCACCCUAUUUGCGGGUUGCAAGGACCCCACAGGGCCCCACUCUUACAUUUAAAAUACACGAAUACUCAUUGGCUGUUGAUGUUGUUAAAUCUCAACUGCGUCCUAGAUGCCCUCAAGAUCUUUUCAAAAAUGCUCCUUUGAUUGUUCUUUCUGGUUUUGGUACUGGUGAUCAGCACCUAAAGCUUACAACAAUAAUGUUUCAGAACAUCUUUCCCGCCAUUGAUAUAAACACAGUCAAGCUUUCAUCUUGCCAGAGAAUUGUGUUGCUUAAUUACAACAAGGACACAAAGCUCAUUGAUUUUCGGCACUAUUCCAUAAGAUUACAGCCUGUUGGUGUCUCCCGUAGAAUUAGGAAGUUUGUGCAGAACCAUCAAGUCCCCGAUUUGAGGAAUCUUCAAGACGUGAGUGACUUUGUCACAAAGGCUGGGUAUGGAUCAGAAAGUGAAGCAGAUGAUGAAGCAGCGACUGUGACUCUGGCUAGUGAUCUUGGCAGAGUUAAUCGGGCAUCUACAAAAAGUGCCAUCAAGCUUCAAGAGAUUGGACCCAGAAUGACGCUUCAACUCAUCAAGAUUGAGGAAGGAUUGUGUUCUGGUGGAGUCAUCUUCAGUGAAUAUGGAAGUGGUGAUGGCAAGAAAAAGCAGGACAACGAGGAAGAUCCUGAAGACCAGGAAGACAAGGAUGAAGAUCGGGAAGAUAUUGUCCAAGAUGAGGAAGAUCAUGAGGAAAAUAUUGUUGAAGAUGAUGAUGAUGAAGAUGUAGACUAGCUACUGGCCAAGUUGGAAAUUGAAGUGGAAGUUUUCGUUGGCAUUUGAAGGGAAUCUCUGUAUCUAAUAUCUAUAUCGAUUGGGAAAUACUUUAAGGAGUAUUGUUUACUGGAGAGGGAUGUCUCCUCGGCGCUGUUGCCCACUAUCUUAGAUGUCAUGUUUAAUGUUAUGUUUUAGUAGA